GAGCAAAAUGGCUGCGAUUAGUAGAAGUUUUCGUGUUUAUCACAAAUUAGAACCAACAUACAGCUUGAUGCUGGAAAACAAAAACUUAAUUGACACUCUGAUGUUUGAGAGCAGUGCAGUAACCAUUCUAUCAUCUGCUGAAACUGAAACAAUUAAGAAGCAGUAUACAAAGAUUCUUGAUGCAUAUGGUUGUCUCGGAGUGCUCAGUCUGAAUGUUGGAGGGGAAGACAAUGUUUUGUACCUAGUUCUAGUAACAGGCUGUGUUUCAGUGGGAAAAAUUAGUGACUCUGAGAUAUUUUGUAUAACUGCUACUCAGUUUGUCUCGCUGCAAAAUCGACCAAAUGAUGAAGAAAGAAUUGUGGGUGUAAGAAAUCUGUUCAAUUCACGGACUUUUUAUUUUUCGUGGUCAUCAUCUGGAAAUCAGUGGGAUCUUACUUUGUGUGCACAAAGGAAACUACAGGAGCAUGACACUGAUAACAGAUUCUUUUGGAAUCGAUCUCUUCAUGUACACUUCCAAAGAUUUGGUAUUGAUUGUUCAACAUGGCUUUUCAAGGCUAUAUGUGGUGGUGUAGAGAUUCGAACAGUUUAUGCGGCUCAUCGGCAGGCCAAGGCAUGUCUUAUAUCUCGUCUUAGUUGUGAGAGGGCUGGUACCAGAUUCAACGUAAGAGGAACAAAUGAUGACGGACAUGUUGCAAACUUCUGUGAAACUGAACAAGUAAUAUUUUUAGAGGACCAAAUAGCAUCAUUUCUGCAGACUCGGGGAUCAGUUCCUCUAUUCUGGGAGCAGCCAGGCAUUCAGGUUGGAUCUCACAAAGUAAAGAUGUCAAGAGGCUAUGAGACAAGUGCCCCAGCAUUUGAAAGACACCUGGGUGCAAUUAAGCAACAAUAUGGUGAACAAGUGAUUGUCAAUCUGCUUGGUAGGAAGGAAGGGGAACAUAUGCUCAGUCAGGCAUUUUUGGCUCACCACAAAGCAUCAAGAUUUGCUCUAGACAUUCCGUUGAUAAUGUUUGACUACCAUUACGAGUGUCGCGGAGGAAACCUGAAAAAUCUGGAGAAACUGAGGCAACAGCUCGCCAAAUACAUUGACAAGUUUGAGUACUUUCAUAGUGAUAAUGGAGAAGUGAAAAGGUACCAGACAGGUACAGUGAGAACAAACUGCCUUGAUUGUUUGGACAGGACAAAUGCUACACAGUGUAUGAUAGGUCUUCAGAUUUUACUGAAGCAGCUAGAAAGUCUAGAACUAUCAGGCAAGCCCCAGAUGGUCUCACGUUUCACUGAGAUAUAUAAACAGAUCUGGGUAUUAAAUGGUGACCAUAUCAGCAUGAUCUAUGCAGGGACAGGUGCUCUAGGAGGGGGACGCUCAAAGACCUCAGAUGCAGCAAGAUCAGCCUCACGUACAAUACAGAACAACUUCCUUGACAACACCAAACAGGAAGCUAUUGAUAUUCUGUUGCUAGGGAGCACGUUGAGAGGAGAGUUAGCAGACAAAGCACGGGCAUUGCUUACCACAAAGAGAAUGAAUGCAUCACCCAUUGUUUUACAUGGCAUUGUGAACAGAUACAGGGAAUAUGUUGAUACAUCAACUUUACGUGUUUGUAUUGGAACGUGGAACGUUAAUGGUGGCAAACAUUUUAGAAGUAUUGCAUUUAAACAUCAGUCGAUGAAUGACUGGCUUUUAGAUGCUCCUAAAAUUAUUUCUCAGUCUCAUCCUGACCUGCUUGAUUCCUCAGUGGAUUAUGAAGUACCAGUGGAUAUUUUUGCAAUAGGGUUUGAAGAAAUGGUAGAUUUGAAUGCAAGCAAUAUUAUGAGUGCUAGUCAGACAAACUCGAGAGAGUGGGAAAAGUACAUUCAAAAGACAAUAUCACGUGACCACAAGUAUGUUUUAUUAACCAAAGUUCAGCUUGUUGGUGUUCUGCUGUAUGUGUUUAUACGACCACACUUAGCACCUUUCAUAAGAGAUGUUGCUAUAGAUACAGUGAAGACGGGUCUAGGUGGAGCGGCAGGUAACAAAGGUGGUGUAGGGAUACGUUUCCUCAUACAUUCCACAUCUGUCUGCUUUGUUUGUGCACACCUUGCUGCUGGUCAGUCACAGGUGAAUGAUCGUAAUAGUGACUAUGCUGAAAUCAGCAAGAAAAUGGCGUUUCCUAUGGGAAGGGUGAUACAGUCACAUGAUUAUGUAUUUUGGUGUGGAGAUUUCAACUACAGGAUAGACUUACCAAAUGAUGAGGUGAAGGAAUUGAUAAAGAACGAGAACUGGGGAGCUCUUCAGGCAAUGGACCAACUUAAUAUACAGAGACAAGAAGAUAAUGCAUUCCAAGGUUUCCAGGAAGGUCCAACAAACUUUGCACCAACCUACAAGUAUGAUCAGUUCUGUGAUGAUUAUGAUACCAGUGAUAAAAGUCGCACCCCAGCUUGGACAGACAGAGUUUUGUGGAGACAUUAUCCUUUUAUAAAGUUUCAGAAUACAGAUGAUGAUAAUGAUGAGGAGGACCUAGAAACAUGGCCAAAGUUGUUGUUGUAUUCAAGAUCAGAGCUAAAAACAUCAGAUCACAGACCAGUGAUGGCUCUGUUUGAUGUCCAGGUGAUGACAGUGAAAGAAAAUGAUCGAGACAAGGUGUUCGAGGAAGUUCUGUCUAAACAGGGACCACACGAUGCCACUGUAAUUCUGUCAUGUGACGACGGUGAAUUUGAUGAUGAGUUGGUUGAUGAAGUAGUUGGCACUUUCUCAGAUUUUGGUGAAAUUAUUUUAGUACGAUUUGUUGAUGAAGACAUGUGGCUGAUCUAUAAGAAUGGUCAGAUGGCUAUGAAAGCUUCUGAACAGGACAAAAUACAGGUUAUGGGGAAGGAGAUCAGGGUGAGAUUAAAAACAAGUAACUGGAAAGAGUCAAACCUAUUAGAACUGAAAUCAAGUUCAGUGCAGACUGAACCACUGUUUAAUACAACCACAAAUAGUCUUCUUGGGGAGGAUUUUGCGUUCACUGACAUUGACAACUACGAUAGUGAAGGAGAGGAUGAAGAUGAGGAGCAAGAAUCAGUGCCUGAACCCUCAUCAAGGUCGGACAGUAACUCCCCAAAAUCUGGAACACAAAGUCCCGCUGAUGUAAUGUUAUCCGGCUCAAACACAAGUCUAGAAAAUGCAGGUCUUCCCCCAGCACGGCCACAACCUGCAAGCAGGCCUAGACCACCUCCACCUACAGCAAGGCCAAGGGAAACAACUCCACCACAACAACCACAGCAGAAUGUUUCAGACACAGUUAUUGUUCCUGAGCAAGUUUCAAGGGUACGGGGAGCUAUGCCAGAGCAGUCUGUCAGUAAACCUGGCCCUCCACAGAGACCUGGACCCCCAGCAAAACCUCCGCCCCCUCAGCGACCCUCAGGAGGACCCCCCAGACCAACGCCAGCGUCUUCAGCUCCAGUCAAACCACCAGGUUCUCCACAAAGACCCAAAAAACCAGUGUCAGGGCCUCCCAUAAAACAACCACUGGGACCACAGGCUAUUGGAAAAAUAAAAUCAAAACAACAAAAUAAGAUAACAAGGAUAGGACUGCCAACCAAUGUUACUCAUAUGGGACAUGCCAAGUCCCCAGAGGAGGCUGCAGCCCUUAUAGAGAAACUCCUCCAGUCUGGAGGGACUGACAUCAAAGGCACUUUACCUGCCCCCUUAAAACCAGGCUUAAAACCUAGUCAGCCAAACAUUCCAAAAAGCAAAACUUCAGAUGACAUUCCAUUAACAGUAGAUCCAUCUCUUCAGCCUCCAAAAGUCAUGCAACGGGUGCAAAGUGCUGAAAACCUAACUGCAUCUCAAAAAAUGUCAAAUUCUCAACCAGUUCCUGCACCAAGAAAAGAUAGUUUAGAAGGGAAGGAAACGGAUGAAGAACUUCGACCAAAACCAGCUCCGAGGCGUAAUAUCCAGAGUUGUUAUAUUGAACCAAAUACUGGACAAGCACCUUCUAUUCCUCCCCCUGUUGUACCUAGACCACAGUCUAUGAUCAAUCGCGGGACUUUGCCAGCUUUGCCAAAAUCUGUACCAGAGACUAGUCAGAAUUACUAUUCAAGUGUUGUAGAUCAAAGCAAAAUUGAUGCAGAAAUGGGAAAAGUGUUGUUAAACGGUGUUGAUAAAAAUGAGGAUGCAACUGAACAAACUGAAUACGAAACAUUAUGGGGUGGUAAGACGUCAACAGUUGGGGUUAAUGCACCACCUGCAGUACCAAAGAGAAGAGACUUGAUUGUAGAUGGAGAGUCUUUACUAGAUAAACCUGUGUCACCAAAUGUGAAAGCAGACCCAUUUGAUACCAGUGCAAUAAUACAAAGGCUUCCAAAUAAUGUUCCACUUAUGCCAAUUCAACCUGCUGUAGUAAAAACAGACGCAAUGAAUUUUAAUAUGCCAGCAGUUCCUCCAAGACCAGUCAGUGAAAAUGUACAAAAAACAAACGCUUUAUUAAAUGAAUUUGAUAGCCUGGAUGACAAUUUAACAUCAUACCAAGAGGCCCCUUCACACCCUCCACCUUCUCCUCCAACAUCGCAGCCUCCAGGCCUCCCACCCCCUCCACCCCCUCGAACAGACUCAAAUGUGUGCAAUAUUGAACCAGUGACAUCAGCCCCUGAUUUAGCUCUGCCCCCAGUGCCAGCUAGGCCGCCCACUGCAGCAGUACUGGUAGAUAUGCCGCCAGUACCUGCAAGACCUGCUCCACCCCCUCCUGUACCAAAGAGACCUGCAUAAUAACUACUUCAUUUCCUUUAAACAUGAAGUAGACACGUAUCAACAGUGAGUAAAAUAGAGGCUUAAUACUUGCUUUUUAAUGGCGACAUAUUCCCAUACCUGAAUCUGAGAUGUCAAGCAUUUAAGCUUUUUAACAUUAUAUGCCAAUAUUUAAAGCUUUUAACACAUAUAGUAAAACAUGGAAGGGAAAGUUUGGCAAGCAUCUUUUUCCUCGGUUAUCUCAAAACCAACUAUCUCUAUGCAUUAUGCAUUAUUACCAUGUGAUGGAAUUUGUUUUAUUAGACUGAAUAACUCAGUUUCUCAAGUGUGUGUGUCUGUAGUUCGUGUGCUUUCUAAAAGUAAUAUAAGAUUAUGACAAAUUGUUGUUAAAUGGACUUAAUUGUUAGGUUCUGUGUUUGUUAUGAAUUUCAUUCAUUGUUGUUGUCAUGUUUGCAUAAUAGAUGAAGUUAGCAAUGUAGCUUGUAGAGAAACUGUUAUUUGAAAAACUGCAUAUUUUUUAAGAUAUUUUUAGCUCUACUAUACGAAGUAUAUGGAGAGCUAUGCUACUCAACUCGGCCUCCACGUCCGUUCCCGAUCCACACCAUAGUUAAAAAAAUGAUGCACUUUCUCUUUAUCUAUGUAAUUACUUGAUGGAUUUGCUUCAAAUUCAAAGUUGUAUUCCUCAUCAACACCAACAUCAUAUGGUACAAGGGCUAUAACUCUGGCACCAGUAUUUCAUGAAUUAUGCCCCUUUUUACAUAGAACUUCUUAAGUUUUGAUGCACAUUCACUCUAGAAUGGAUUUGAUUCAAACUUAAAUUAGCUGUUCAACACAUCAUCACACACAAUAUGAAACACAAGGUGCAUAACUCUGGCACCAAUUUUUUAUGAAUUAUGACCCCUUUUUACUUAGAAUUGUAGGUAAAUUUUGAUGCAUUUUCACUACUUCUCUGUUAUUGCAAAAGGGAUUUGAUUCAGACUUAAAAUAAUUGUUCCACAUCAUCACCCACAUCAUUUGACACAAGGGCCAUAACUCUGGUAUCAAUAUGUGAUGACUUAUGCCCCCUUUUUAGCUCACCUGAGCCGAAGGCUCAUGGUGAGCUUUUGUGACUGCUCAGUGUCCGUCGUCAGUCUGUCAACAUUUUCUAGAAAAAUCUUCUUGAAAACCAAUAGGCAGAAUUACACCAAACUUCACAGGAAUGAUCCUUGGGUGGUCCCCUUUCAAAAUUGUUCAAAGAAUUUAAUUCCACGCAGAACUCUGGUUGCCAUGGCAACAGAAAGGAAAAACUUUGUCCAGAACCGCAAGGCAUAGAGCCUUAAUAUUUGGCUUGUGACAUCGUCUUGUGGUCCUCUAUCAAGAUUGUUCAAAUUGUGUCCCUGGGGUGAAAAGAGGCCCUGCCCCGGGGGUCACAAGUUUUACAUAGACUUAUAUAGGAAAAAAACUUUAAAAACCUUCUUGUCUAAAACCACAUGGUCUAGGCCUUUGAUAUUUUGUAUGUAGCAUUGCUUUGUGGUCCUCUACCAGAAUUGUUCAAAUUAUGCCUUUGGGGUGAAAAGAGGCUCUGCCCCAGGGGAGUCUCGUGUUUUACAUAGACUUAUAUCGGGAAAAAAACUUAAAAAAUCUUCUUGCCUGAAACUGCAAGACCUAGGCUUUUGAUAUUAGGUAUGUUGUCUUUCCUAGUGUUUCUCUACCAAAUGUGUUCGAAUUAUGUCCCUACGGUGAAAAGAGGCCCAGCCCUAGGGGUACCAAGUUUAAUAUAGACUUAUAUAGGAGAAAAAUUAAAAAUCUUCUUGUCUGAAAGUUCAAGGCCUAGGCAUUUGAUAUGUAACAUUGCCUGGUGGAUCUCUAACAAGUUUGUUCAAAUUAUGUCCCUCGGGUGAAAAGAGGCUCGCCCUGGGGGUCACUUGUUACGAUUAUUAGUUAUAUAGGAAAAAAUACUUCAAAAAUUAUCAGGUCAUAUUUCCUAGACUGUUUAAUUAUAAUUACCUGAUGACCCAAGUGAUUAGGGAUCACUUGACUGUGACCUUGACCUGCUGACCUACUUUCUUGUUUUUUAAGAUACAGCCUUGAAAUUUGGAUGACAUGUACAGUUUUGCACACCAAUCUUAAAACUGUUUUUCAAUGACCAUGAAUGUGACUUACUGACCUACUUUCUAAUAUUAUAGCGUCAGUUUGCCAUUUGAAACAUGUGGCUCAUAUUACUCAGGUGAGGGAUUAAGGGUUAUCAUGACCCUCUUGUACUUAGUUUUAGGUUAAAGUUUUGAUGCACUUUUACUCUAUCUUCGUUAUUACCAAAUGGAUAUGAUUGAAACUUAAAAUAGUUGUUCACAUCAUCACUCCCAUCAUAUGACACAAGGUCCAUGAUUGGAGUGAUGAUGUUGAACUCUUGCACCAGUAUUUCAUGAAUUAUGCCCCUUUUUUGUCCCAAAUAUUCCACUACAGACAGAAGAAACUCGUGUAUCUACUGUAUCAUUUAUUUUGGCUAAAACUGGCUUGAUACACCAUGACUAGAAACUGCAUAUAUAUUCUGAUACUGAAGUAUACGAACAUAGUGAACAAGUUAGAGAUAAUAAAAGCAUACAUGUGAUCUCCCGCGCGGGAGGGUCAAAAUCCCAAUUUUUUCACCUUGCCUCCCGUCUCCCGACCAAAACCAUAUUUCACCCGCUUUUCAAAAAAAAUAAAAAAAUCAGUAGACGGGGUUGAUAAUUACCGAGGAGUGCCAAACAUGUUUACACAGUAAAUCAAAGUGUCACCGACUAUUGUGUAUUAUACAUGUUUGACACACAUGUAGCUGGAAGAAAGAGUUGUUUUUCACAGGUGAAUUAGUUAUUGUUUGUUUUGAUAAGGGAUUAGAUAAGCAGGGCCUUUUCCACUGGUCUCACAGGGACGAAUAUCGGGCCAUUCUCAAUGCUAGUUAGGCUCCAUUUUUUUCCAAUUUGAAGCAAAAAACUCCCAGUCAUAAGAAAUAAUUCCCAACUGAAAUGAAUUAUGAUUAUUCAAAGAAAAGUUUUGUUCGAUAAUAAAAUGGCAUAAAUAAUUGUUGGAAAAACCAACCCAUUACUAUUUUUAGAUCAGGAGUAUUAUUUCCCCUUAUGCAGUUACGCCAUUUUCUUCCAAUUUUUACCACAUUAAUUUGCUACGAAAACUGGACUUAUUGCAUUGAAAUUGGAUGAAAACACACACUCAUUUAUUUGAUAACAUCAAUCUACAUUAUUUUGGUAAGGGUAGUAAAUACAUGUUGAUGCAUUUCUGUUUUCUAUUUUUCAUGUCAAAAUCAUCAUUUAAACGAAAGAGGGUGGGGUAAGGAAUUGACAUAAUUUAUGAUUUUUUUUCAGUCCUCGAGUAGAGUAAUGUUAAUGCAUGUUCACCACCAUUUCAGACCUAAAUUGAGACUGGAGAAUCUGUUAAGAAAAUUUAAAGUUAGAACAAAAGGGAGCUUAUGUAAUUUAAGACAGCUAGCAUGCUCGACUUUUCUCAGUGAUUGACUUUGAAUUAAAGCUUUGCCAGUAAAAGGUGCAAUUAAACCUUGGCCAGUAAAAGGGGCAAUAUAGUGAAUAGCUUCGAAUGUAACAGAGAAACAGAGAUAUUAGACAUAAUAUAAAACUUUAACAAAAAAAAUGUAAGUUAAAAAGUGGCAUAACUCUGUCAAAAUUCAAAUCAAGAGUUAUGAGGAUUAUUUCUUCUGGUGUAGACUUAUAUAUGUUAUAGUGUGGCCAAAAAUGUUGGAUUUUGUCUCUAAGUUAUGUGUCCGCGCGCUUAAUUUAUGUCGAUAAAAAACCUCCAGUUUUGAGACCUCGACUCCAGCUGAAAAAUUGCAAACCUCCAGUUUUGGGAUUCUGAACUUAUCACAUGUAUGAUAAAAGAACAAGUUAUUAUAUCUAGUGUGGUAUAGUCGAGCUAGUCUUGGGAUAUAGGCUUUUAAACAAUAGCCUAAUGCACAAAGAAACUCAGCUGCAGCUACAAAUGUGACUCAGUCAUGGUUGAAUGCUGAAGAGAAGUUUCAUUCCUACUCCAUUUUCCUUUGUCAAUACAACUAUUAAUACUGUGGUGAGUGGCAUUGUUAUAUGAGGCCGAUAGAAAUUAAUAAUAAUUAAUAAAUUUCAAUAUUUUUUUCCAGAAUAUUUCCCUUCCGCGACACCUAUUGGGGAAACAUGAGAUUUAUUGAACGGUGGUUCGUCAAAAGGUCCUUCUAAAAAUUUGUUUUGUAGUUCUAUUUCAUUUAACUGGAAUACCACUUCCGGUUGUUUAGUGCAGACUGUAAGUUUUUACAAAUCUUAUUAUGCCCCACUUCGAAGAAGGAGGGGUAUAUUGUUUUGCAGAUGUUGGUCGAAAUGUAGACCAAUCCAUUUCCAGAUGGUAACUCAAGAACGCUUGGGCCUAGAAUCAUGAAAGUUGAUAGGGCUUUGGUCAUGACUAGCAGAUGACCCCUUUUGAUUUUGAGGUCAGUAGGUCAAAGGUCAAGGUCACUGUGACCCGAAACAGUUAAACGGUUUCCAGAUGAUAACUCAAGAAUGCUUGGUCCUAGUAUUAUGAAAGUUGAUGGGGAGGUUGAUCAUGACCAGCAGAUAACCCCUAUUGAUUUUGAGGUCAGUAGGUCAAAGAUCAAGGUCACAUUGACCCGGAACAGUUAAACCUUUUCAGGACGAUAACUUGAGAACGUUUGGGCCUAGGGUCACGAAACUUAAUAGGGAGGUUGAUCAUGACCAGCAGAUGACCCCUAUUGAUUUUGAGGUCAAUAGGUCAAAGGUCAAGGUCAAAUUCACCAAGUGUAAAACUUUUGUGUACAGUGACCAAAUAAUUUCUUUUCCUUGUGCAAUUACUGAAUGCAUCAAGGGGGGCAUUUCAUGUUUUACGAGCUCUUGUUUUCCUGUGGAAGCAUGUCACUUAAUGUAUCAAAACCAAAUGUCAAUCUGUUAUAAAGGUAAUUUGUGAAUUCUUUAUCGGGGAAGAGUACCAGUUCUCUCCUUAAUUCAUUGUAGGUCGUUGAAAUAGUCACUGUUUUUUGUUAAGAAUGCGAUCUGUUUCCUUCACUCUUUGACAUCUAGCUUUACCAUGACUGAAACAUUUCGAACAUAUAUGCGUUCAGUUUGAGCAUCCGUCUGCAUUGAAGUUAUUGCAUAAUUCUGCACCAUUGUGGUACAGUAACUUCCGGCCAUAUUUGUCUGUUUCCUUCGGGUGGUUCAGUUUAUUAUGGCUGAAGGCUGUCUUACACUUGUUUGUCUCGACGUUGAGGUAUUAGGACAGAAGUAUCAUGUAGCGUAGAAGUGUACACAGAACACUGACGCGCUUUUAUUCAUUCAAGGACCAGUUGAAACAAGUCAUUGUCUCUUUUAGACCAAUCUAUUGCGAUUCCCAGCUUGACAGCUUCUGCAGCCAAACUUGAAAAUGCUAGAUGGUAUUCAUAGAAACGUUCCCCUUAGGAGGAGUGGAUUUUGCUUAUAUCAGUUCUUCACGUCAGUGUGGCCACUUAGAAACCAUGACUUUCCGAUAUUUCCCUAAAGCUGUUCUGAACUGUUUGACAGUUUUUUCUUCAGGCAACUGUCCGCUUUCUUAGAUUGACCAAGGGGUUCAAAAUCAGGAUUAGUAGGACCGCAAGAUUCACAUUCCUACCAUCAACAAUUUGCUAUCAACAAUUUGCUUCUUCAAAUUGUCACGACAUCGAUGUUUGUGAGCAUGCUGGCUGGAAUGCCGUUUUCAUUUCUUGCUAACUGAUGCCUUAAUGAAUCUAAUUCAGACAAAUACGUACCGUUGUUUGUCUGCUCUGAGUGCCUGUAUAUCUUACUUAAUGUUUGGACAUCUGAGUCUGUCUUUUCUGGAUGUUCUUCACGCCUUUCAUCACUACCAUUGUUUUUGUUCAUCAUUUUAAUUGUUUCAUUGAAUGCUGACAUGGUUGUGUUAAGCGUUUGAAAACAUUGCACCAUUUGCGCGCUGCUAUUGGCACCAUUUGUCUCUACGUUUCUGAUUGGGGACCUGCUUCUUUGUCUGUCUGAGAGUGUGGAACCUUCGCUGACAUAUUCUUUGUACAAAGCUUUCAUAACUGAUUUUGUCAUGCUCGUUGGUACUUUGAUCCCUUGUUUUUCAAGUGCAGCUCCUGGUUCCAACACAGUCCAAUUGCCCAUAUUGUCUUUGUCGUAUACUCAUUUUUUCUUGGUGAGAAUUACCGACGACUCCAUCUUAAUUGAUAAUCAAUAACUGUUCGAUCGAGUUAGAUAUUUAUCAAAGAUGUUCACAAGUUGCUCUUAUUUCCCAUUAGGCUUUAUUAAACAUUAAAUAUAACCCUUCAUCAAAUUCACACAUUUUUUUAAAUUUAUUUUUUUUAUCCAGUUAAAAUUGAAUAUUAAUGUGAAAUUUUCUUGUUAAAACCUGUCUAUCAUCGAUCCUGUAUGAGGAACUGAAUCUGCAUAAAUUAUCACCGUGCCGCUUUCAAUGAAAACGUUCUGUUUAAUAACAUGACCUGACUGCUGUGGCUGUUUCUUUGUCUAUCGCUUAAUUACAUGCAUAUUCAUUUGGCCGAGUGUAAAUAUAGGUAAUGUAUUACUCUAAUGUUUACAAUUCAAUACACACUUCAAGUCAAUGAAAUUUUGUCGGUCAAUCAUAUUACUUGAUGUGAUGACGUAGAGCGCAAACUUUUAUCAAUGACACAAUGACACUAUAUCAAUGACACUUUAUCAAUGACACUACUUUUCAAUAUACAACUUAUGAAUGAACAUUCACCAUGUGUCAGACACACCCUGAUUACUCGUAGCUGACAUAGUACGAAAUAACAGCAAUGAUACACUAAGAUGGUGCAAGACAAUUUAGUAUCUUGUGCAUUAGAUGUUAUAUAAAUACCAAAUUAUUAGAAACAUUUUUUUUAUAAACCAUGUUUAUAAAUAUAAACUUUAAUUAAUUAGAAUUUCAUGUUACUGGGUAGUUUCGGUGCACUUUCACUAUAUCUUUGUUAUUACUUUAAUGAAUUUAGAUCAAACUUAUAAUUGGGGGCCUCCAUGGCUGAGUGGUUAAGGUCGCUGACUUCAAAUCACUUUCCUUUCAUCAAUGUGGGUUUGAGCCUCACUCGGGAUGUUGAAUUCUUCAUGUGAGGAAGCCAUCUAGCUGGCUUACGGAAGGUCAUUGGUUCUACCCAUGUGCCCACUCUUGAUGAAAUAAUGCACGGAGGGGCACCUAGGGGGUCUUCCUCCACCAUCAAAGCUGGAACGUCACCAUAUGACCUAUAAUUGUGUUACAUCAAAGUCCACAUCAUGCCACACAAGGUUCGUAAGUCUGGUAGCAAUGUCACGAGUGCUCCUUACUCAAGUUUUGAUGCACUUUUGCUCUGUCUCAAUUAUUACUAAAUAGAUUUGAAUCAACUCAAAAUAAUUGUUCCACAUUAUUAGCCAUAUGAUAUGACACAUGGUGCAUUACUCUUGCAGAAAUUUUCCAUGUAUUAUGGCCCUUUUAUAUUUACUUACUGUUUUGAUACACUUUAGCUCUAUCUCUGUUUUACCAGAUACAUUUGACACUGUCCAACAUUUUCAUCCACAACGAAGUCAUUAAAUAUUCCAGUGACAGCUCCAGCUUCCUGAGAUAUGCAAAAUGUUAUAUAUCUUAAGGUAGUUUUGCACGUUUGAAAAACCGGAAGUGAUGGCGUAACGUCAUUUUCCCGGAAAACGUAGAAUAAAGCCUGGAUUCGGCGUACGGAAAUGAAAAUCAGUUUAUGAAUUAAUCGAAACCUCUGAGUAAAUUUGUUACAAUGGCACUGUUGCUAUAUUUCUAAAGUCAUAAUAUGAUAUUAAAACAUGUGGCACGUUAAAAAAUUCAAAAUAAUGUCUUAAAAUUAACGUAAAAUGCCCGGUUCCCUUUAAUAAUGGUCAAAUAUCUCAAAAAUAAGCACACGGACCUAUACAUUUUAUUUCACCAAAUUAUAGGCCAUGUGUUUAUUUACAACUGUGAGAAGUUUCAUCAAAAUCUACAUUGUAGAAAAAAUUCUAUCCGCGAAAAGUUAUGGAAGUUAUGAUUUUCCCAUAGACUCCCAUUAUGAAAUAUUGCGUGAGGUCCAAAUUUUUCAAAUCAGCCUAGCAAAAAAUCAAGCACACGACCCUAUCUUUUUUAUUUGCUGAAUUUUCUAGGUAUAUUCUGAAGUUUUGAAAAAUUGGAGUUUAAUCAAAUUCUACAUUGUAGAAAAAGUUUCGAUCCAAACGUGCAGAACUACCUUAAUCUAGGUCAAGUUCGAUAUCCAGCAUCCCCAAACAGAUGGCCCUUGAAUUACUCAAAAUUGCAAAAUUUGAGUGUCCUUUCUCUAACUUGAGUAGUUCUUAUCCAUUGUUCACUAAACUUGGUCACUUAUCAUGUUCAUGGAUACAGUAUCUCUGACAAGUUCCAUAAACAACUGGAUAAUUCCAGUCAGUCUUGAGUUAUAGCCCCUGUAUUACUAAGUUUUGUAAAAUCUGAUUAAUUACUUAGAGACUUCUUAUCGAAUGUUCCGCAAACUUAGAUAUAAAGUUUAUUUACAUAUUGUCUUUGCCAAGUUCAAUAACCAGCAAGAUAUUUAUAGUUGUUCUGGAGUUAUGGCCCUUGAAUUAGUUGAAAUUCAGAAAAUUGACUAGUCAUUUCAAUGGGUAGAGUAUUUUAAAUGUCAGAAAUAAUUUGCUGUAAAGGGUGUAUUUUGUGAUUGUUUGGCACUCUUGUUUAUUAUUUCAUUUUUAAUGAAAUCAAAAGUUUAAUAUUUUCUGAUGUUCAAACUUUGCUCUAGUGGUCAUGUGAGGACCCAUCCAGCUAGCUUACAGAAAGGGGAUUUUACCCAUAUGCCAGACUGUACUUGAAAUAAUCCUGGAUGCCUUAAAAAGCAAAAAAAAAAAAAAAGACAUAAAACACCUUAUACAUGUAUUUGAUUACCAUAUAGAAAUGUUGUGCAUGAUGAUUGCUAUGAGCUAUACCCAGCCAGGCAUUUUCUUUUAUUAGUAAACAUUUUUGUAUUUGUUCUAUUUCUGCAUUUAGUUAGGACAUGUGCACUGUUUACUAUAUUUUAUUAGGAAAAGAUUUGCUUCAGUCCACUUCGGUGUUCUUAACUGUCAUAUAUUGACCCACAUAAUGUUCACUCUACUUUCAGACCAUAAUUUAUGAAGGGACGAUUCAGUUACACUAGAAUUUCAAAAAACAUUUGAAGAUAAUUUUCUGUUUUUGCUUUGUAAUGAUUACAAUGCAUCCUUUGAUAGAUUCAGUUAAACUUGUUUCUUUUAUUUGAUGCAAUAUCUGAAUUAGCUCUUUAUUUAAUACGAAGGGAGGUAACUUCAUAUUUCAUUAAUGCUGGUUGAUUUCUUAAAACAAGUGGUAUAUUUUUACUUUUCAUUCCAGGAGUAAUAUUUAUUUAUAAUUUUCAAGAGCCAAAAAAUGUCAUUAACAUGAUUCCAAGUUACUGAAAAAGAAAAAAGCAUAGACUUUUUUUGUAAUUACAGUGAAAGAAACCAGAUAAUAAGUCAGAGGGAAAUUUUUGAGGGUUUGUAUAUAAUAUGUUUCAACUGUUUUGACAUAUAAUGUGUGACACUAGUAUUUUAAAAGGUCCAAAACAGACAAAAUGCUGUCAAUAGUCAUCAGUUAUGCUGGUACAAGUUCAUCCUAGCAAAUAAAAUUACAGAAGUUGGGAGAGGUGUCAUUGACCCUUGUCGUUGUAAAAUAUGUUGGGGGAAAUGUUGAAAAUUUAGUUUUUAGUCUAUGAUCACUUUUAAAGACUUACUUUACCCAGACAUUGACUAGAUAAAGAUUUUUUAGCUAUUCCUAAAUGGUUUGAAUGUGUUUACUUCAAUAUUUAUAUCUACUAAGUCAUACACCAGUUAAUGGCAUAGAUAUACGUUUAAUGUUUUACUGGAAAAUACUUGUAGUAUGUAUACUAUAUAUAACUAUGCAUGUUAUAUAGUAGAAGUGUCAGAUGUUUGAUUAUACAGCAUAAUAUUGAUUUUGUGAUAGUAGUAUAGUGUUUCUGUAUAAACUGACAAUUGGAAAUUGAAAACAAGCCACAAAAUGCAAGCUUGUGCUUGGCCAGGUUUAAGGUAGUAAUGUAUGUUUGAACUGAAGUUAUGGCAUAAUUUCAUUUAUUCAGAUAACAACUAAUAAAGCCUAGGUAUUAUACUUCUACCUAAAGACAAUCAUGAUUUACUUGUACACCAACCUAAAAAAACCCUAGUGAACUUCUAUGCCUACCUAAAGACAACCCUAGUGAACUUCUAUGCCUACCUAAAGACAACCCUAGUGAACUUCUAUGCCUACCUAAAGAAAACCCUUGUGUACUUCUAUGCCUACCUAAAGACAACCCUAGUGAACUUCUAUGCCUACCUAAAGACAACCCUAGUGAACUUCUAUGCCUACCUAAAGAAAACCCUUGUGUACUUCUAUGCCUACCUAAAGACAACCCUAGUGAACUUCUAUGCCUACCUAAAGACAACCCUAGUGAACUUCUAUGCCUACCUAAAGACAACCCUAGUGAACUUCUAUGCCUACCUAAAGACAACCCUAGUGAACUUCUAUGCCUACCUAAAGACAACCCUAGUGAACUUCUAUGCCUACCUAAAGACAACCCUAGUGAACUUCUAUGCCUACCUAAAGAAAACCCUUGUGUACUUCUAUGCCUACCUAAAGACAACCCUAGUGAACUUCUAUGCCUACCUAAAGACAACCCUAGUGAACUUCUAUGCCUAUCUAAAGAAAACCCUUGUGUACUUCUAUGCCUACCUAAAGACAACCCUAGUGAACUUCUAUGCCUACCUAAAGACAACCCUAGUGAACUUCUAUGCCUACCUAAAGAAAACCCUUGUGUACUUCUAUGCCUACCUAAAGACAACCCUAGUGAACUUCUAUGCCUACCUAAAGACAACCCUAGUGAACUUCUAUGCCUACCUAAAGACAACCCUAGUGAACUUUUAUGCCUACCUAAAGACAACCCUAGUGAACUUCUAUGCCUACCUAAAGACAACCCUAGUGAACUUCUAUGCCUACCUAAAGACAACCCUAGUGAACUUCUAUGCCUACCUAAAGACAACCCUAGUGAACUUCUAUGCCUACCUAAAGACAACCCUAGUGAACUUCUAUGCCUACCUAAAGACAACCCUAGUGUACUUCUGUGCCUACCUAAAGAAAACCCUAGUGAACUUCUAUGCCUACCUAAAGAAAACCCUUGUGUACUUCUAUGCCUACCAAAAGAAAACCCUUGUGUACUUCUAUGACUACCUAAAGACAACCCUAGUGAACUUCUAUGCCUACCUAAAGAAAACCCUUGUGUACUUCUAUGCCUACCUAAAGAAAACCCUUGUGUACUUCUAUGCCUACCUAAAGAAAACCCUUGUGUACUUCUAUGACUGCCUAAAGACAACCCUAGUGAACUUCUAUGCCUACCUAAAGAAAACCCUUGUGUACUUCUAUGACUACCUAAAGAAAACCCUGGUGUACUUCUAUGCCUACCUAAAGAAAACCCUAGUGAACUUCUAUGCCUACCUCAAGAAAACCCUAGUGAAGUUCUGUGUCUACCUAAAGAAAACCCUGGUGUACUUCUAUGCCUACCUAAAGAAGCCUACCUAAAGAAAACCCUUGUGUACUUCUAUGCCUACCUAAAGAAAACCCUUGUGUACUUCUAUGACUACCUAAAGACAACCCUAGUGAACUUCUAUGCCUACCUAAAGAAAACACUGGUGUACUUCUGUGCCUACCUAAAGAAAACCCUUGUGUACUUCUAUGCCAACCUAAAGAAAACCCUUGUGUACUUCUAUGCCGACCUAAUGAAAACCCUGGUGUACUUCUAUGACUACCUAAAGAAAACCCUUGUGUACUUCUAUGCCUACCUAAUGAAAACCCUGGUGUACUAUGCCUACCUAAAGAAAACCUUUGUGUACUUCCUAAAGAAACUUGUAUGCCGUCCUAAAGAAAACCAAGGUGUAUGUACAUGUAUGCCUUCUUAAGAAAAAAGGUGUACUUGUACGCCUACCUAACAGAAAACAGUGAUGUAUGCCUUUCUAAAGAAAACCCUGGUGUACAUGUAUGCCUACCUAUAGAAAAGCCUGAUGUACACAAGAAGUCAAAAUAAUCAAUUGCUAUCAAGGUCUAUUACUUGGCUAUAGAGGGAUGCUAAAGUUUAUGUUUUUAAGUUCAGAAUGUACCCUAGAUUUAGAGGUUUCACACUUGGUAAAUUACCCAAAUACAUGUAUACAUAUCAAACUCUGGUCAUUGAGUUUACUUUCAGAUUCUUAUAAGACAUCAAUGACAGGUUCAGAAUAUCAUCAUUAAUUUUGUAAAAGUUGCAUGAUCUCUGAAUGUGUGCCAGGAUUGAUUAGUUCUCCUACUACUAACACAAGGCAAAAAGUAGGGAAAAUGACAACACAUUUCUCUCUAGAGAAUACAUGCAUUUGGUAGUUUGUUAAAGGGGCAUGGUUCAGCUUUUAAGUUGAUUUUUUCUCUCAUUGUACAUGAACAGUAAAAUACAAUGUUAAUGGGCAUUAAAAUAUAUAAAACACUGUGUUAUCUGCAAAAUAAAAAAACUGCUGUUUAGUCACAAAGAGCUGUUUCACUAUACAUGUUCUUUAUGUUAUUAUGUUAUAUGCUGAAUUAUGACUUAAUAUGCUAUGUACAUUGCUGUCUGCAUUUAAGAAAUAAUUUGUAGUAAAAGACACUUGUUUAUGCAUGAUGGGCGGAUAUAUGUUGGGUGUAAUAAUUUCACGAGGGCACAGCCCAAGUAAAAUUAUUUGUAGUGCCCAAGUGAAAUUAUUUGUAUGACGUAUUACCGCCGGAGUGUAUAUAAAUAGUGUUAAAAUGCGGUUUGGGUAUAAAUUAUUUCGAUUCUAAUAUACCCUUAAUCAAAAACAGUAGAUAAAAUAUAGUAGCGCUCUUUCUUGGUGGCAACAAAAACAUUGACAUCACCGCAUAAUUAGGUAGUGGCAGUGACAUUGUUUCAGGACAGAAAUGACAUCAGCAAAUUGAUUUGCACCAAGUCAUUUGUCAAAGUGCAGUAUCAUUGACACCAUUUAGAUAUAGGUUAUCUGGCUAGUCAUUAUUAGGACAGAACACAGAUAAGAUAAAAACAGUAACACAAUUUGGGCAAGGAAAUCAAAUAUCUGUUCCCCAACUCUAUUUACUGUGUAAAGUUUUCUUGAAAGGGAAUGCUUCAAGAUUGUUGUCAAUUCAUUUGAAACUGAGAAAAUAUCAAUAUAAUAGUAAAAGUAAUUAAAGUGCACAUGUAGAAAUGCUGAACUCAUGCUGAAUGUGUACCAUGUAAAACAGUAGAAGUUUGGCAUUUCUUCCUAGAAAAUAACAGUUACAUGGACACAGAUGGUAUUGAUUCAUCAGCCACCUGUUGUAUAAAAUAAAUAUACAAAUAUAUUGUUAUAAUAUAAUGGAGCAUUUCCCAUAAAUACUAGAUGCAAGAAAUUUUAGAUUUCACUAUGUUGAUAUGAACAUUUCCUCAUUUAAUAUUAGCACAAACACGGUUUUAAUUUCAUCUUUACAUGCAUAUUAAAUUUUAACCAGCUGUAUUGUAAACUUGGCCUCAACUCCACAUUUAGGAUAUCUACAUUUAUACACACAUGUAUGAAAUGUCAGUGUCUCUCUCAUGUAUUUGAUUACUGCUGCAGAUAGGUACAUACAUCCUGCUCAAAUAUUUUCCAUCAGUUCAACUUGGCCAGUUUCUAAGAAGUCAACAAUGUUGAGAGUGGCAUUUUCUGUACACCCUGCUUGUAUAUCGGUGUUCUCCAUGGAACACAGGUCAGCAUGUUGAGAGUGACAUUCUCUCUUACACCUGUAUGUCGGUGUUCUCUAUGGAACACAGUACAACUGCUGUAUGUCAGUGUUCUCAAUGGAACACAGGUCAGCAUGUUGAGAGUGACAUUCUCUCUUACACCUGUAUAUCGGUGUUCUCCGAUGAACACAGGUCAGCAUGUUGAGAGUGACAUUCUCUCUUACACCUGUAUGUCGGUGUUCUCUAUGGAACACAGUACAACUGCUGUAUGUCAGUGUUCUCAAUGGAACACAGGUCAGCAUGUUGAGAGUGACAUUCUCUCUUACACCUGUAUGUCGGCGUUCUCUAUGGAACACAGUACACCUGCUGUAUGUCAGUGUUCUCCAUAGAACACAGGUCAGCAUGUUGAGAGUGACAUUCUUUCUUACACCUGUAUGUCAGAGCUCUCCAUGGAACACAGUACACCUGUAAAUUUUGACUGUAUUGUGUACUCUGUUUUGAUUUUGUUGUGUUUUACAUUGUUACAGAUGUUAAGUUUAUUUAGAGAAGUGAUACUGUUUGUUGUGAUACCAAUUAUUGUACAAUGGCUAUUAGACACAAUUAAAUAAAUGUUAAUUAUAAUAUCAA